CUAAAUAAUGUGUUCUUGAUUGGUGAAGUCCUCCCGGAGCCUCGCCCAUGUGGAGCCGCCUCCUCGUCUGGCGCUCCGCCCGCCUCGCUGCAGACAGCUGGCCGAGCGCUUUGUGCAGUUCGUGGCGCUCCGAGUGGACCCCAGAAGCCUGAAAAGCCAUCAUGGCAGCGAGGCCCAAGCUCCACUACCCCAACGGAAGAGGCCGCAUGGAAUCCGUAAGAUGGGUUUUAGCAGCCGCUGGAGUCGAGUUUGAUGAAGAAUUUCUGGAAACGAAAGAACAGUUGCACAAGUUGCAGGAUGGUAACCACUUGCUGUUCCAACAAGUGCCCAUGGUUGAAAUUGAUGGAAUGAAGUUGGUCCAGACCCGAUGCAUUCUCCACUACAUAGCAGAAAAGCACCAUCUAUUUGGCAAGGACCUCAAGGAAAGAACCCUCAUUGACAUGUAUGUGGAGGGGACACUGGAUCUGCUGGAACUGCUCAUCAUGCAUCCUUUCUUAAAACCGGAAGAUCAACAAAAGGAAGUGGUUAACAUGGCCCAGAAGGCUAUAAUUAGAUACUUUCCUGUGUUUGAAAAGGUUUUAAGGAAUCAUGGACAAAACUUUCUUGUUGGUAAUCAGCUAAGCCUUGCUGAUGUGAUUCUACUCCAGACCAUUUUGGCUCUUGAAGAGAAAAUUCCUAAUAUCCUGUCUGCAUUUCCUUUCCUCCAGGCGAGUAUAUGGAACCACAACUUUAAUCUCUGAGCAGACUAAGUGUCAACAUUAAAGGACUUCAGAAUCUGAUAGCAGAUCUGGAUUGGAUUAAACAGUAUUCCUGUAUUGACUGAAGGGAAGGUAAAAGUCAUACAAGUUUUAUUUACAUAAAUAGGAACUUCAAGUAAGUCUUGAAAUGACAAAUCAUUUGGACUAAGCCUUCAAAUAUUGAUAUAAUAUUCAAAAUUAGAUAAUACAAAUAGAUCUUAAGUAAAUAAUAAAAAGAAGAUUGUCAUAUUUGUGUAUUAAUUGACAUUAGAGUUUUUGUUAAUAGUGAAUGUAUUUGUUUUUCAUGUGUAUACUUAAUUAAGCUGUGUCUUACACAUAAUAGGCAUUUAAUAGUAGCUUAAAAAUAAAUGGCCUUAUUUUAAAAUAAAUCUUAUUUUAAGUAAGAUGAUUUAAUAAGAUAAUUUUUAAAGAUUUGUUUUAAACAUUAAAAAUAUUUUUAAUAAAUAAUUUAAAAAGAUUUAAAAAACAUAUAUUAGUGUACAUAGCUUCAUAUAUAUAUAGUUCAAAAUUUUCAUUAGACAAAUGAACUUCUCAGUUACUGAAAAUUUUAAGAUUUGACUCUGAGUGAAAAAACACAUUUUUUUUUCUUUCUUUACAGUUUAUAUAAAUAUCUGGUGUCUGAGUGCCCGGCUCUGAAGCAUGCCGCUGGCCAUCUCCCACACAUAGCCAAAAUGAGAACUCAUUUGCUAAUAGGAGUAAAAAGAACAAGGAAGCAGAAUCAAAAUAGAAAUUGUACCAUCUGAUGACUUUUGAAGCACUCUUAUGUAAAUGGAUCAUACAUGUCCUCUGAGCACAUCAAUGCCCUUAAAGCAUUUCCUGUGUCCUUUUUUUUUU